AAAUUGUUGCCAUGUGUUUCGAGGCUGUUUGUUGAAACAACUGCCACAAUGCUACAAUGACAAAUAUUAAAAAUUUCUUCUGUAAAAUUUCUGAACCCCAAUUUAGUCACUUUUUUCGUGAAAAUUCUAUUUUCGAUAUGCCCAAGCGCCGUUCCGGCGUGAGUAACAAUGUCCAGGAACAAAAAAGCUGCCCGGAUGAGAAUCCAAAACGUGAGCAGAACAAUAACCGUGGUGUUGUCAAAAGCGAACCGUCGAAAAUGAUACGAAUAGGAAGAGUCACAAGGAAUCCGUUCUUAAACUUUUUGAGGGAAGUGCGAAAGAAAUGCUCAGGUAUGGGCGUGCUCGAAAUUUCGGUAAAAGCUGGCGAAUUGUGGCGGAAAAUGUCCAGAAAUGAAAAAGAGCCUUUCCUGCAAAUGGCCAGACAAGCGCCGAGACGAAGACGUAGACGUAGAAGACGUCAUCGUAUGCAUCGUUACGAAACAGACGACGAAGGAUCCGGAUCGUCUACUGAGUGCUUCACCAAGCCCAGACGACGUACACGAAAAAGCCGAUCGAGAAGCAUCCAUAAGAAAUCCAGAUCGAAAAGCCGCGUUAAGAAAAUCAGAUCUAAAUCAUGCAAGAAAUACUAACUUUGCAUAUCAUAUCAAAAUUUUCAUAGUAAAAAUUAUUUGGUGUAGGUAUACAUUUUAUGUACAUAAAAUUUAUUUGACACAAAACGAAAUGCUUUUUAUUCAAAUUCAACAUAUUAUGACAUGGAAGGCAUACUAAGCAUCUGAACUGUUUUAUCAAAGCUCAAAAUUUAUAGAAAUGUUGCACAUUAUCUGUUUGAAG